CGUCUACACAUUCGCUCUUGCGAUGUUUCAGUUUUGUCCCUGGUGCGGCUUCCGUUCAAUGAGAGUGUCAUGGCGUCUUCAAUGUCACCAGCGUUGAGGCAGCUGCUAUGGGGAAGCCGAACGGCUGGGGCUGUAAUAAACUCGCACAGGUCACUGAGCACUUCCACAUGGCGGCUGGCACAGACCCAAGCUCAAGACACGCAACUCAUCACAGUUGAUGAAAAAAUGGAUAUUACCUCCAUAAGUGGUGUUCCAGAGGAGCACAUCAAAACAAGAAAAGUCCACAUUUUUGUUCCUGCACGGAAUGCGAUGCAGUCUGGUGUGCAGAACACAAAGAGAUGGAAGAUAGAAUUUGACACUCGGGAGCGUUGGGAAAACCCUUUAAUGGGAUGGGCAUCAACGGCGGAUCCCUUGUCUAAUAUGGUGCUGUCCUUCUCUUCCAAAGAAGAUGCUAUCUCUUUUGCUGAAAAGAAUGGAUGGAGCUAUGAAGUUGACGAGAAGAGGAUUCCAAAGCCAAAAUCCAAGUCUUACGGAGCAAAUUUUUCUUGGAACAAGCGAACCAGGGUAUCCACAAAAUGAAUUGUUAUUGGCUAUCCAUAAGUCCGACCGUGAGCUCCGUCAGCUGUGCUAUAUUUAUAGAACAAAUAUAAUACAACGCUUAAUCUCCUAAUAAAUAUGACCUUUAAACUA